AUGCAACAUCAGCAGCAGCAGCAGCAGCAGCAGCAGCAGCAGCAUCAACAACAUCCCCAGCACCCUAAGCAACAACACCAGCCGCAGCAUCAGCAGCAUCAGCAACCUCAGCCUCAGCAGCAACAAACGCAGCCCCAGCAGCAGGGACAGCCGCAGCCGCCGCCGCCGCAGCAGCAGCAGCAACAACAACAACAACAACAACAACAACAUCAGCAGCAUGCUCAGCAACAGCACGCUCAGCAACACCAGCAACAGCAGUCUCAGUUCUCGACACCCCAGCCUCCCUCGCAUGGUCAGACCCCGACGGCAGCCGCGCACCAACAGCAACACUCAAUAUCCUCUGUCACAACUCCCCAAACACCGACAUUCCCUCCCAACACCCAGAACGCGGUUGCCAACGGCACUUCGGCGGUAUCUACGCCGCUUAGCCCCGGUAGCGAGUCGCGAGAACAGGAGCGGUUUUCAGUACUGCUGGAAAUAAAUCAAGAGUUAUUGUUCGAGUCCAUGCAACUGCAACAUACUCUGAGCGAGCUUAAGAAGGAGGCUGCGCCAUCAGGCGAGGGGGAGCAGGCGAGGAAACCUUCACAAGAAGAGGCUGCUGUGCAACAAGACUAUAGCCACUGCAUGCGACGACUUCAAGCGAACCUUGCGUACCUAGCGGCAUUGGCAGACAGGAAAGGUUCUGUUCAAGUACCGCCUUCUCCGGCGUACCUUUCCUCUCCGCCUUUAAACAUGACUCUCAAAGUCCGUCUGCAAACACCGCCUGGAGACUUAGCUGAAAACAAUCCGGACCCGAUGACGGACCGCGAAGAACGAUCAAAAUACCUAUCAGAACUUUACUCCAAGCUUCAAGCUCUGUUCCCAAACGCCGAUCCGAAAAAGGAGCCGUCUUUCCAGACACCAGCCCGUCCACAAGGUCAGCAAGGCCAGCAAGGACCGGGACAAGGUCAACGGCCGCAGGGUCAUCAGGCAAGCCCUGGCAUGGCCCAGGCACAACGCCCUUUGCAGAUGCAAAACAUGCAAGGAGCUCAUCAACCUCAAGGAAUGGUCCCGUCUUAG